AGCAAGCUCCACAUGGAGGGUUUCCGCAGCCUGAAGGAGGGUGAAGCUGUCGAGUUCACCUUCAAGAAAUCAUCCAAAGGUUUGGAGUCCAUCCGGGUGACCGGCCCGGGGGGCGUCUUCUGCAUCGGCAGCGAGAGGAGACCCAAAGGCAAGAGCCUCCAGAAACGCAGAUCAAAAGGAGACCGAUGCUACAACUGCGGCGGGCUGGACCAUCAUGCCAAAGAGUGCAAGCUCCCGCCGCAGCCCAAGAAAUGCCACUUCUGCCAGAGCAUCAGCCACAUGGUCGCCAACUGCCCCGCGAAAGCACAGCAGUCCCCCAGCUCCCAGGGAAAACCUGCCUACUUCCGAGAGGAGGAGGAUAUGCACAGCUCGGCCCUCCUCCCUGAAACCCGGGAAUGA